AUGGAUGACAGCACCCAGGAGACAGAUGUUAAAAUAUUAUUUUUUGCUAGUGCACGUGAAAUUGCUGGUGUUAAAGAAUCUAAAAUAAUUAUCUGCAAACAUAUUUCAUCAUCUGAAUUACUGGAUAAAAUUGUUUCAAUAUUUGGAUUAGAGAGUAUACGUAAUAACGUUAUUAUUGCCGUUAACGAGGAAUUUAUUUCUAAUGAUGUUGAGCUCGAGCUCUGCGAUAGAGAUGAAAUCGCAGCUAAUAAGGAGGAACAAAAAAAUAUCGUCAAACUCCAAAAAGAUAAGUUGCAGGUUGAUGAAAUUGUCAGUUGUGUUAUUUCACCAUCUUGUGGUGCAAUAUCAACAUUUAUUGGAACAACUCGUGAUAAUUUUGAAUCUAAAAAGGUUAUUAAACUGGCUUAUGAAGCUUAUGAGCCAAUGGCAUUAAAAGAAAUGAAAAAUAUUUGUGAAAAAAUUCGUGCUAAAUGGGAUGUCAAGCAUAUUGCGAUUUUCCAUCGUCUAGGUGAAGUACCAGUCUGUGAAAGCAGUGUAGCGAUAGCUAUUUCUUCUCCUCAUCGCCGAGAAUCAUUGCAAGCUGUUGAGUUUGCUAUUGAUUCUCUGAAAUCAUCAGUACCGAUUUGGAAGAAAGAAAUUUACGAGGAUCAACAAUCAACUUGGAAAGAAAAUAAAGAAUAUGAUAAGCUUCUAAUCCCUAAAGUAGAACCGCUUGAUAGUAUCCAAGAGUCUUCAGCAAAAGAUAAUGUUGUACAGUCUUUCAAGCAAGAUUUUGAUAAAUAUGAAAUAAAUCUUGAUCAAGUCCAAGUUAAGGCUAGCGCUGAUGAGCUUAAUAGAAGAAUCGAGUCAUUUAUUUUGAGAAAACGCCAGCAUGUUAAUAGUGUAAAUAUUCAAGAAUUUUGUCGUCAUAGACAUUUGGAUAAUCAAGUUGAGAAUUCGUGUGCCAGAGUCGAUGCUAUUUUAAUUCGUCGCAAAGACUCUAAAAGUCACGUCAAAGUUCAUCGUGUGUACAAUCCACAUGGACCGCAAACAAACUUUUCAUCUUCAAAUGAAACAAAUCAACAAAACACAAGUUUGAAUUCAGCAUUAGAUGAAAGAUUGUCAGAGUCUGAAAGAUUUCUCGGCAUUACCAAACCCGUUCCUCGUGAUAUUUAUGAACGUGUCAAAAAAAUAGAAGACAAAUUACUUUAUUUAGAAAGUAUUUCACCCGAAUAUAAGAAUAUUUGUAUACCACAAGAUGCGGACGACGAUAAAAAUAAUCCUUCAAACAAAAGGACAUUUUCAACCGCAGAAUUGGACACAAAAUUAUUAGAACUCGAAAACAGAUAUGCGAAAAAAAUAAAGUAAGAUCAGUCGUUUGUAACAAAAGAACAUACAAUUUGUCAAUCGAUUACGAGUAAUUUAUUAUUGCUAUGUUUUUUACGAAGAUUGAAAUGUUAAUAUUGUAAUACGAUAAGAGAUUUUAUUAUGAAAUUUAAAUCUUGAAAAUGCCAUUGAAAGCUCAUUGAUAUGUUCAAUAGCUUAAUAGUUAUUGACCUAACAUUAUAAUAUAGUCAUCCAUAAAAAUUUUA